GUUAAACCGACCAAGCUCGAGCUCACCAGCGCGCGGUGCACAAAAGGCCCCGGAUGAUCGGUUGAGCUGUGCAGACCAACCAUUCAUCUGGGCAGAAAAUGUUUUCAUGGCUUUAAAACUGUGGCACUUUAAAUUGACAGUAGAUAAAAGAAAAUCCCAGCUGUACGUCAACAAAGGGGGGAACCCAUUCAUCUGCUCAGGCAGUGGGAAUGAAUUCAGUCGGGUCAUCUCAAGUGAAGGUACAUCAGCAAGUUCACACUGGGACAAGGCCAUUCCCCUGUUCUGUGUGUGAGAAGGGAUUCAGUCGGUCUUCCCACCUGUGGACACACCAGUCAGUUCACAUCGAGCAGAGGCUGGUCAUCUGCUGAAUUUGUGGGGAAGGUUUCACUCGGUUAUCUGACCUAAUGGCUCACCAGCGAGUUCACACCGGGGAGCGGCCGUUCACCUGCUCAGACUGUGGGAAGGGAUUCAGUAAAUCAUGUAAACUGAAGGUACAUCAGCGAGUUCACACUGGAGAGAGGCCGUUUACCUGCUCAGACUGUGGGAAGGGAUUUACUGUGUCAUCUCAGUUACUGAGACACCAGUCAGUUCACACCGGGGAGUGGCCAUUCACCUGCUCAGACUGUGGGAAGGGAUUCACUCUGUCAUCUGCACUGAAGGAACAUCAGCGAGUUCACACUGGGGAGAGGCCAUUCACCUGCUCAGACUGUGGGAAGAGAUUCACUCGGUCAUCUCAACUGAAGGUACAUCAGCGAGUUCACACUGGGGAGAGGCCGUUCACCUGCUCAGACUGUGGGAAGGGAUUCAUUCAGUCAUCUCAUCUGAAGGCACACCAGCAAGUUCACACCAGGGAGAGACCAUUCACCUGCUCAGACUGUGGGAAGGGAUACACUUGCUCAUUUAAUCUGAAGGUACAUCAGCGAGUUCACACUGGGGAGAGGCCAUUCACCUGCUCAGUCUGUGGGAAGGGAUUCAAACUGUUCGCUCACCUACUGACACAUCAGCAAGUUCACACCAGGGAGAGACCGUUCACCUGCUCAGACUGUGGGAAGGGAUUCACUGAGUCAUAUCAACUGAAGGUACAUCAGCGAGAUCAUACUGGGGAGAGACCUUUCACCUGCUCGGACUGUGGGAAGGGAUUCACUCAGUCAUAUCAACUGAAGGUUCAUCAGCGAAUUCACAGUGGGGUGAGGCCGUUCACCUGCUCAGACUGCGGGGAGGGUUUCACAAAGUCAUCUGCUGUACUGAGACACCAGUCAGUUCACACUGGAGUGAGGCCAUUCACCUGCACAGUGUGUGGGAAGGGAUUCACUCAGUCAUCUGCUGUAUUGAGACACCAGUCAGUUCACACUGGGGAGAGGCCAUUCACCUGCUCAGUGUGUGGGAAGGGAUUCGUAGAGUCAUCUCAACUGAAGGUACAUCAGCGAGUUCACACUGGGGAGAGGCCGUUCACCUGCUCAGACUGUGGGAAGGGAUUCACUCGGUCAUCUCAUCUACUGAAACACCAGUCACUUCACACCAGGGAGUGACCAUUCACUUGCUCAGUCUGUGGGAAGGGAUUCAAUUGGUCAUUUCACCUGCUGACACACAGGGAAAUGGCCGUUCACCUGCUCUGUCUAUGGGAAGGGAUUUAUUACGUCAUCUCAACUGAAGGAACAUCAGCGAGUCCACACUGGGGAGGGGCCGAUCACCUGCUCAGACUGUGGAAAAAAUUCUCUCAGCCAAAUCAACCAUUUGUGCAUCACUGAGUUCACACUGGGGAGAGGCCGAUCACCUACUGUGAAUGUGGUGAAGUAUUUGCGGUGGACAUGGACUGUGCCUUUAAAUGAGAGAGAAAAACUGUCUUCAGUACUGCUGCCUGCUUCUUGGUUGCCAUGGUGAGAGAGAGGCAGAGUUAUGUGAUGGACAGUUCGAUGUUCACAGUUGCUUGGUUGCCAUGGUGAGAGAGAGGUGGAGUUAUGUGAUGGACAGUUCGAUGUUCACAGUUGCUUCACAGCGUGUUUAUUUAAGCAAGGUCAGAUGACUGUCCCAGAGACACACAGUGGAACACUGGUUAAGGCAACCGGUCAGUGAAAGGAAGCCAGUGACAGAGGAGUCAUUGGGUGGGACUUUCGAGUGCCCACAAGCGUGGGUUGAGGAUCGAUCAGGGGAAUUAAUCAGUAUGUCACGGUGUGUGGAAGGGCUGACCCUGUGGAGGCUACCGGUGUAUCUACCCUUGCCUGGGUGGUAGUUCACCCUCGAAGACGGUACCCUUAGUGAUAAGCUGUGUUUGGCUGACUCGAGAGUGGAUUCGGAGCCUGACAACGGAAGAUCAACGGGACCUGUUUACUCGUUCUUCUAGUGUGGUUUUCACCUUGGAUUACAAAUACCUCUCUCUCUCUCUCACACACCAAUUCCAUGGAUUGAACUGAACUUCCUUGCAUUACCAUCGUAAGACUUUAACUCUUGUCACCCGAGCUUUAACAAGUUUGAGAAUUGUAUUUACACACAAAUAUAUGCAUAACAUUGCUAACUUUUGAUUUACCUGGUUUAAGUUACUAUAUUGAGUAGUUACUAAUAA